ACUCAGUUCCAAGUUUGGAGCUUUUAGCUGCCAGCCCUGGCCCAUCAUGUAGCUGCAGCACAGCCUUCCCUAACGUUGCAACUGGGGGAAAAAUCACUUUCCAGUCUGCUUUGCAAGGUGUGCAUUUCCAUCUGGAUCCCCUGGAAGUCCAUCUGCUGCCUCGGUCAAGAGAAACUCCACUUGCAUGAAGAUUGCACGCCUGCAGCUUGCAUCUUUGUUGCAAAACUAGCUACAGAAGAGAAGCAAGGCAAAGUCUUUUGUGCUCCCCUCCCCCAUCAAAGGAAAGGGGAAAAUGUCUCAGUCGAAAGGCAAGAAGCGAAACCCUGGCCUUAAAAUUCCCAAAGAAGCAUUUGAACAACCUCAGACCAGUUCCACGCCACCUCGAGAUUUAGACUCCAAAGCUUGCAUUUCUAUUGGAAAUCAGGUGAGAAAAAUCAUAUCUGCCGGUGAAGACCCGCCGUGCGGGGUCAGCACUGGCUCCCCGCGCCGUUCGGAGCCUGAGCUGGAACUGGACCUCGGUCUUGCCCGGGGCAGACGGGGGGCCCGCGAUAGCAUCACNCGGGGGGCGUACGGGGUGGUGGAGAAGAUGCGGCACGUGCCCAGUGAGCAGAUAAUGGCGGUGAAGCGGAUCCGGGCCACAGUCAACAGCCAAGAGCAGAAGCGGCUACUGAUGGAUCUGGAUAUCUCCAUGAGGACCGUGGACUGUCCCUUCACGGUCACCUUUUACGGCGCACUCUUCCGAGAGGGGGAUGUCUGGAUCUGCAUGGAGCUCAUGGACACAUCCCUAGAUAAAUUCUACAAACAAGUGAUCGAUAAAGGCCAAACAAUUCCAGAGGACAUCUUAGGGAAAAUAGCAGUUUCUGUGAGUACAUCGCGAGCCCCAGCCCCAUCCAAGGAGCGCGGGGAAGUCUGGGCCUCGCUCCCAACCGUCUCCCAACCUUCUCCGCUUGCAGACGUCAAGCCCUCCAAUGUACUCAUCAACGCCCUGGGCCAGGUGAAGAUGUGCGACUUCGGAAUCAGCGGCUACCUGGUCGACUCCGUGGCUAAAACCAUUGAUGCCGGAUGCAAACCGUACAUGGCCCCCGAGAGAAUAAACCCAGAGCUCAACCAGAAGGGAUACAGUGUGAAGUCCGACAUCUGGAGUUUGGGCAUCACCAUGAUCGAGCUGGCCAUCCUCCGGUUUCCCUACGACUCGUGGGGGACUCCUUUCCAGCAGCUCAAACAGGUGGUGGAGGAGCCGUCGCCGCAGCUGCCCGCAGACACGUUCUCCGAAGAGUUUGUUGACUUUACCUCACAGUGCUUGAAGAAGAAUUCCAAAGAAAGGCCAACAUAUCCAGAGCUUAUGCAACAUCCGUUUUUCACCCUACACGAAUCCAAAGCGACAGACGUGGCAUCUUUUGUAAAAUCGAUUCUUGGAGACUAAAUACCAUGGACUCCAUCGGUUGACCCUCCUGUGGAUUGGUGGGUUUACAGGCUGAUGUUCACUAAAGCGCCAAUAGAAACUCAUCUUUGAGAUAAUUUAACCCUGCCUCUCAGAAGGUUUUUUUUCUCCCCAUUUUCUCUUUUUUUCCCCCUCCAAAGGGGGCCUUGGAAUCUAUAGUUAUAGAAUGAACUGUCUAGAUGGAUGAAAUAUGAUGAAGCUUAGGACUUAAAAAGGUGAUUAAAUAUUUAAUGAUGUGUCAUAUGAGUC